AUGGAUCUGGAUGCGUGCAAGAUGCUGUCCAAUACGAACAUCCGCGAGGACGAUGCGGACUUCUUUUCGGGCACUGGCGAGGUGGCAUGGGACGAGGUGGAGGAGGAAGCUGAGAUAUGUUUCGAAGAGGAAUCCGAUGUGACGGAUGAAGCAGAGCCAGCAGAACCCCCAUCAAAGAGGGCCAGGUUGACCCAAGAAGUCAAUGGAGCUGGUAGAGUCGUCUCGGACGCGGUCGAGCAAGAUGCCGAGAUCUUUUUCGAAGAGGAAUCCGACAUGUCGGAUGAUGCGGACGGCACGCAUGCUCCAUCAAAGAGAGCCAGAUCAGCCCAGGAGAUCAAUCUCCCGGAGAGGCGCAGCAAAGAGUCCCUUGCAACACAGGUGGUGAGAGCCCUGAAGGAUGUCCCGACGCCGGAUCUCCGGGUGAUUCAAAGCUGCAUCCACGGCUUGCCGUCCGAGCUCCGUUUGUUCCCCCGGUGCAUCUCAUAUUGCUACUUUUGGAUGAUGGAUGGAAGGCGAAGAUGUGGGAAGAGCUGCAAGUAUCUUCACAGCAAGUUGCCACAAGGGUCCAUUGCAAAGAGCAUGGUUGACAAGAGUUUGGGCCACUUUGCGAUUGAAGACGCUUCCAAACAAGUCUCCAACUGGGUGUUGUGUGAUGUCGCUUCGGACCUGGAGGAGCAAAGAUGCUUUGUGCUGGAUGGAGCCAAGGGAGCUACCAUCACCAGUUUGCAAAGACCGCGGGACAAGGUUUUAAGUCCAAACGUAGAUGCAGAUGCUGUGAAGGCACUGCAGGCCAAGAGCUUGAGUGUGUACUCGUCCAGCUUCGCAGCAUUGGCUGUGGCCUCGCAGGCGAAAGUUGAAUUCGGAUGUGUCUACCUUGACUACAUGUGGCCUUUGAAUUAUUUCGAGAGCACCCAGCGGGAGGUGCAGAACCGUCUACGCAAACAGUCCGACAUUGCUGCAAGAUCCGACCGCCUUGCAGCGUGCAACGAGUACAUCACUGCCUCUCUGACAGAUGGUAUUCAUGAUGUGGAACUCUUGGUUCUGGAUCCUGGGCACAGUUUGUUAAGCCGAAGUGGCGCGGUCUUGGCCGUGACCAUGGUUCACUCGCAGAAAUCCACGCUGCGCGCGCAGCGAGCGCGCCUGGAGCGUGUGUUGGUCGAAGGAGCAAGACUGCAUCAGGUCUCUUUGGACUUCAUGGGGUACACAAAGCCGAGCAGCCGACCCGUGGCAACCUAUUUCUACGGUUGGAAUCUUUAUUCCAAACUUGCCUUGCUCCCGAAUGUGUCGAAGAAAUUAAAAAAGCACUGCUUCUUCAACGACAGCUGCAACCUUUACUCUCCACAGAGCGGUUCCAAGAGGCGGCCGCGACCAUUUGCUCCCAGAAGACGGCGAAAAGGCUUCACAUAA